CCCCUCCUUCCUUUUAUUAUUGGAGCCUGAUGUUUGGGUUAGGUUUUCAUCACGUGAACACCUGCCGUUCGUAAAAGAGAGAGCGAGCCAGCACGAUCUGAUAGUUUGUAGAUUCAUAGGCAGCUCUGGAGUAAAGUCUACAGGUCGGAAUUAAAAUAUAUCUCCAAGUGCUGCUUCUCGCUGGCGGGGAAGAAACAAAAGCCUCAACUGCACUCUUCCAACUUUUACCCCGGAAGAGACAAACAGCGUGUAAAGAAAAACAAAAACUGCAACAAAUCUCGGCAGGAUCCCCCCCCCCCCCCUUUUGGCCGGAUAUUUACUGGAGUGCUUUUAUCUUUGGGGAUUUUUCAAGUCGAAGGACGAGGAGGGAAGAGGAAGAGCACAGUCGCAGGUUUUUUUGUUUUGUUUACAGUGUGAUUUAGUCUUGAAGGGGGUGAAAAAAACUUUACUGCAAAUCUGGCUCGCAUCCACUGGUGGAAAAUUAAACUCAAACAGUCCAGAAUCUUUAUGUUGCUCGUGAAAUAUAUCCAGGAAACCCUGAGAAAGUCCAAGAGUGUGAAGAGAGAAAGCAGCGGUAGCAAGCUCCCGGCUUGCUAUGAGAUCGUAACGCUUUCCCUGGGUAAGAAGAUGGCUGCAGAGUUGUAUCCCUCCAAACACAGCAGCAGCAGCAGCAGCAGCAGUCUGCAAUCCAGCGAGAACAGCAGCAGUGGCGGCUCUGGUAACACUGUCAGCAGCAACAGCAGCAGCUCCAAGCGCAGCUUCCUGCUCCGCCAGGGCCAGCAACAAAAUCUCAACAACAACCACAUUCGGAACAGUAACUGGCAAUCCUUUUACCCCACUCUCCGGGAAAGAAAUGCAAUGAUGUACAAUAACGAACUGAUGGCCGACGUGCAUUUUAUUGUGGGCCCUCCUGGAUGCACACAGAGAGUUCCAGCUCAUAAGUAUAUUCUGGCAGUCGGCAGUUCCGUUUUCUAUGCCAUGUUUUACGGGGAACUCGCUGAGGAUAAGCCCGACAUUCAUAUUCCAGAUGUGGAACCCGCAGCUUUCCUUAUUCUGCUAAAGUAUUUGUACAGUGAUGAGAUUGAUUUGGAGGCAGACACAGUGCUGGCUUCACUGUACGCUGCCAAGAAGUACAUUGUCCCGUAUCUGGCAAAGGCUUGCGUUAACUUCCUGGAGACCAGCUUGGAGGCAAAGAAUGCUUGUGUCCUACUGUCCCAGAGUAGGCUCUUUGAGGAGCCUGAGCUGACCCAACGCUGCUGGGAGGUGAUUGAUGCCCAGGCAGAGCUUGCCCUCAGGUCAGAGGGCUUUUGCGAGAUCGAUCUGCAGACUUUGGAGAUCAUCCUGUCACGGGAAACACUCAACACGAAAGAGGUGGUGGUGUUUGAAGCCAUUGUAAGCUGGGCAGAGGCAGAGUGCAAAAGACAAGGGCUCCCUCCCACUGCCCGCAACAAGAGGAGCGUGCUGGGCAAGGCUCUCUACAUCGUUCGGAUUCCCACCAUGACGCUGGAGGAGUUUGCCAAUGGGGCUGCACAAUGUGACCUUUUGACCCUGGAGCAGACGCACAACAUAUUCUUGUGGUACACUGCGCUGAAGAAGCCGCAGUUGGAAUUCCCCACCACUCAAAGGAAGGGGCUAGCAUCCCAACGGUGCCAUCGCUUCCAGUCCUCUGCUUACCGCAGCAACCAGUGGAGGUACCGGGGCCGCUGUGAUAGCAUCCAGUUUGCGGUGGACAAGCGCAUCUUUAUCGCUGGUCUCGGGUUGUACGGCUCAAGUUGUGGCAAGGCCGAAUACAGUGUCAAGAUCGAACUGAAGCGGCAGGGGGUGGUCCUGGCUCAAAACUUUACUAAGUUCAUAUCAGAUGGCUCUAGCACCACUUUCUCAGUCUGGUUCGAGCACCCGGUGCAGGUGGAGCAGGACACCUUUUACACUGCCAGUGCCAUCCUGGAUGGCAAUGAGCUUAGCUACUUUGGACAAGAGGGAAUGACAGAAGUGCAGUGUGGGAAAGUGACAUUUCAGUUCCAGUGUUCAUCUGACAGCACUAAUGGCACAGGGGUACAAGGUGGGCAGAUUCCUGAACUUAUUUUCUAUGCAUGAACAAAAAAUGCUCAAACCUGCCUCCCUGAAACUAAAAACAAAAGAUGUUUUGCAUCCAACUGCUGCUAACAUAAGGGAGCACAGCAAGAAUUCAGACUUCCUGCUGCUUCAACUGAUUAAUAUAUUAAACUCCACACGUGGGCCUAUUACAUCAAAAAUCACGCAGAGUCAAACCAUCUUUAAAAUUUGAAGGAAUGUUUGAUUGUAAAUUAACUUUAUUUAUUUAUAAUGACUAGAAGGUUAUUUGACUUCCUGACGCUGCACUGGGCAGUAUUCAGUAGUGCACUCCUUUUUGUGCUGUACCUAUUUUGUACAGGUGUUCUGUUUAAAGUGGCUUGAAGUUGACCAAUGAAUGACAAUGUUUUAACACCUCCAGUGUACUUGCAAGUAAUGAACUGUACAGUAUAAAGAUUUUUACAUGGUUA